UCCCACUCUCAAAUAACACUGCUCGUUGAAACAAACAUGAUAUUUUUUUGCCAACGCCGGUAUUCUCUGUAGAAAAUCAGAAAUAAAGGAUUAAAUCCAGUAAAACAGCGGAUGCCAAGUACCACUGGAGUAAUUCCAAAUUGGUGGUUUUUCGAGUUCGUUUGUCUCUGGGUGGACUUAUCCAAGCUUAUUACAACACCAAUUUACAGUCUGGUGCUGGGUACAGUCGAGCCUCGACAUCGCAAUGCCUCUGCUUUUCCUUGAGAGGUUUCCUUGGCCUAGCUUGCAGACCUACACAGCACUGAGUGUGGCUCUGCUCGCUGGCAGUAUAUUCAGUGCCUACACCACUGUGUCUGACCACGGCUACGGGACCUUGGAAACAGAGGAACCUCCACCUUCCCAGUUUGACGUGGGUCAACACCAGAGCAGUGACAUAGGUGAUACAGAACUGGCAACCACUGUUCUGUGGUAUCUAGUCACCGAUAGUCUCUUUGUAUGGGUGUUGGUCAACACAUUCUGCUGCUCUCUGAUGUUAAUUGCCAAGAUGAUUCAGUGUGUAGUGUUUGGGCCUCUCAGAGUCAGUGAGAAGCAGCACUUGAAAGAUAAGUUCUGGAAUUUCAUCUUCUAUAAGUUUAUCUUCAUCUUUGGCGUGUUGAACGUGCAGACUGUGGAGGAGGUGGUCAUGUGGUGUCUAUGGUUCUCAGCCCUGGUCUUUCUCCAUCUCAUGGUGCAGCUCUGCAAGGACCGGUUUGAAUACCUGUCAUUCUCCCCCACUACUCCCAUGAACAGCCACGUGCGAGUGCUCUCUCUGCUGGUUUCUCUGCUGAUGGGUUGCUGUGGCCUGGCUGUGGUCUGUGGUCUGUUGGGAGCUACCCAUGGCCUGCACACCCUCUCCUUCAUGGCUGCAGAGUGUCUGCUUGUGACUAUACGCACUGGGCAUGUCAUCAUGCGAUAUUCAAUCCACCUGUGGGACCUGAACCACCCAGGCACUUGGGAGAGUAAAGGAACCUAUGUCUACUACACAGACUUCAUCAUGGAGCUGGCUAUGCUCUUCUUGGACCUUAUGCACCAUAUCCACAUGCUGCUUUUUGGUAACAUCUGGCUUUCUAUGGCGAGCUUAGUCAUAUUCAUGCAGCUCCGCUAUCUAUUCCAUGAAGUCCAGCGUCGUGUCCGCCGACACAAAAACUACCUCCGUGUCAUCGACAACAUGGAGGCCAGGUUUGCAGUUGCCACUGCUGAAGAGCUGGCAGCCAAUAAUGAUGACUGUGCUAUUUGCUGGGACACCAUGAUUACUGCACGCAAAUUACCUUGUGGCCAUCUUUUCCACAACUCCUGCUUGCGCUCCUGGCUUGAGCAGGACACCUCAUGCCCCACUUGUCGAAUGUCACUGAACAUUAAUGGGGAUGCUGGCCAGGCAGGAGGACAGCAGCAGGGGGCUUCGGAAAACAAUAUAGGCCCUGGAGGCCCUGCAGCAGACACCAGACCCCACAUUAACCAACAUAAUCACUUCUUCCACUUUGACGGGUCCCGCAUUGCCAGUUGGUUACCCAGUUUCUCAGUGGAGGUCAUGCACACCACCAAUAUCCUAGGCAUUGCUCAGGCCAACAACUCUCAGCUCAAUGCCAUGGCCCACCAGAUCCAGGAGAUGUUUCCCCAGGUGCCCUUCCACCUGGUAUUGCAGGACCUGCAGUUGACCCGUUCUGUGGAAGUCACCACCGACAACAUUCUCGAGGGACGCAUUCAAGUGCCUUUUCCCACACAGGCCACAGAGCGUGCCACUAUACAGGUGAGCCCAGCUCCAGAUGAGCAAGCAGGGCCCAGUAGUGCAGCAGACUCAGGCCCAAGUGAGACAGAAAACAUGGAGGUAAGAGGCAGCCGUUUCUCCAAGUCAGCUGAGGAGAGGCAGAAAAUGCUAAAGCAGAGGAAAGACGAGCUGCUCCAACAAGCACGCAGGAGAUAUCUGAACAAGAGUCCUGAGGAGCAAGAGGAGGAUUUGCCCAGGUUGGAGGACGACAGUUCUCCAGAAUCGGAAUCAACUGUACUGAGACGUAGAACCAUGGCACUAGCUGCAGAGAGACGUAUGCAAAACCAACAAGAUCCUGCACCUUGAGACAACAACCAUCCACUGGUUAACAGAUUGGCUUUAAGAAAAAAAUGUUCCCAAGACUACCCAUCACGCUAUCAUCCUAAGAGGUCCCGACUGAGCAAGUUCAGUGUUUCCCUCAUUCGCUAUUCAGUCGGUGGUACCAGCCAUGCAAAACGAAACAAAAAAGUGUUGCAAGCAUGAGCCCUGCCUGCAAAUGGAGCUUCAGCUGUUUCGGACUGCCUAAACAAGACGAGACCAUUUUGAACAGCCUCUGCAUCACCAAUUUUAGCUGCGAUUUAGUAUUUGUUUUAAACUGGUGGUUGUCAAUUAAGAAAUGCAUGGUUGCAUCACCCUCACUUAUCUGCCACAUGUUACAGUAUACAACCAGUUAAAGUAGAAAUUCAGUAUCUGCCAUCCUUGGGACUGGCUGUUAAAAGAGCAUGUAUUGCUUUGAGAAGAUGCAAGUCUUUUUUUAAGUGGGGUUUCGAAGGUGCGACUGUUAGAUUAAGAUUAUAUCUGGGUUCUAGUUAUUUUCUUUUCACGGGACUUUUUUUUUUGCAUUUAUAGGGGUGAGAUAACUGGGGUGGAGAGACUAAACCGACAUUUCUUUGUGUUAUUUUGUGAGAUAAACUUAAACUGAAUUAAAAGUAGGCUAGUCAGUGAUAAUGCACAUCCUGAAAUGCUGUUUCUUACCUCAGAGUAAGAGGAUGUCACUUUAGUCAUUUGCAGCCUUUUUUGUCAAAUAUGAAUGUACCUGUCAAAAUAAUGCUGCAGACAAAGUGUUUCUGACCCUUGUGGAUAUUUGGGUUAUGUGUUGUAAUGUGUGAUAUUUCCGAUUACAGUUUGGGAUUUGCUCAUACUUAACAAGGAAGACAGUUGGGUGGUGAAUCUUUGUUUACCAUUCCCCUGGGAUCUAAAGGUAACAAAGGGGAUGCAUUAGUACUUGCAUCAUUGCUCAAAAGCCCCCCUGCUUACAGCUAUCUCUGUCUGAAUGCUAAAACCGAGGGGGGGGGGCUUGCUCGUCUGUGUCCACAAUUUAGGGUAUUUUGCCUUUAUGGAUGAUUCACAGCAAGGCUCUGUGAUAAGAAGGAAAAUCACGCUAGCGGGGUUAACAAUCAUCCCCUGCUUGUAGAUUCCCAUCCAAAUCACAUAUUUUUAGAUUGUUGGAAACUCAGUUCAAAAAUACACUUUUUUCUACAGUUGUGAAGUUACCAAUGUUAAAUUCGAUAUAUUUGAAUAAAAUUUGCAAAUAACAGACUGAAAUAUUAAUAACUGAAAGACUGACAGUUUGAUUUAUUUCACAGGUACCUAGCUUGGAGGGAUUUGUGGACUAAACUAAACUUAUUGUUUGUCAAUAAAUUGUUUGAAUGGUAUAAAAUGCCACAUUGAUAUCUCAACAGGUUCCAAAAUAUUGACUGGGCCCUUGCAAGCGUGUUUGCAUAUUGACAAAAGUAAAUCUGUAACUGUUUUUGUUUUUUUUAUCCCCCCCCCCCUCUCCCCAAUUGUAUCUGGCCAAUUACCCCAACUCUAACAAACUGUCCCAGUCGUUGCUCCACCCCCUCCGCCGAUCUGGGGAGGGCUGCAGACUACCACAUGCCUCCUCCGACAGAUGUGGAGUCACCAGCCGCUCUUUCACCUGGCAGUGAGGCGUUUCACCAGGGGGAUGUGGCGCGUGGGAGGAUCACGCUAUUUCCCCCCAGUUCCCCCUCCCCCCAAACAGGCGCCCCGACCGUCCAGAGGAGGUGCUAAUGCAGCGACCAGGACACAUACCCACAUCCGGCUUCCCACCCACAGACACGGCUAGUUGUGCCUUAGGGACGCCUGACCAAGCAGGAGGUAACACGGGGAUUCAAACCGGCGAUCCCCGUCUUGGUAGGCAACGGAAUAGACUGCUCCGCUACCCGGACGACCCUGUAAUUUUUUUUUUAAUUUCUGAGACCCAGUUCAAACAAAUUCAGAGAUGCGCUUUUGUUCUCUCCACUCGAUUCCAAAGAGCACCCCACUUCCACUAAAAGCUAAGGUCUUGCGAUAUUUCAUGUGUUUGAUUCUGUACUCAACCUCUUUUUGGGGAUGCAGGAAGAUUCAAAAUGAGAAUUCUUCAAAGUUACUUAUUGCAAUUUGAAUUUAAGAAGAAAAAAAAUCGGACACAUUGGGAAUUUUUUUCAUUUGAAUGGUUUAACCACUUUUCAUAUCCAUUGCAUAUUUUCAUAUUCAAGGGUCUUUUUUUUAACCAUUGCAUAUUUAAUCUAAGUCUAACUGGGUUACUUUUGGACUGAGCUUUCCUGUUUUGUGUGCCUAAAUCAACCAUGGUUCAAUAAUGGAUUAAUUCUGUAAAUAAUGUAGUUUUUGUAAAAAAGAAAAAAAAGAAAAAAGUGUAUGAUUAAUACAACAGAUUCAAUAAACUAAGCUUAUAUACAGCUU